AGGAGUUGCUAUGAAAGGGUCAAAGGGAGAUUAUUAUACGAAAGAGAAAUUUUAGUUCCUUGUUAAGAGAGCAAGAAAAGAAAAAAGCGGCGAGAAAAGGAGCAGAGACAGUGGGAUAGGGAGUCAAAAGUUGAGUAGUUGUUAAAGAAUCCUCGGUGGCCAUGGACCCACCCUGCACUUCCGAGAGUAUUUAUAACCUCAUACCCAAUGACUCAAAGGAGCCGCCCCAGCCUCCUAGGUAUACAUCAGUGUUUAGACCAGCUGUAAAAGAUGACAUGAAGAAAUUCAAAACCGCAAUGAAAACUAUGGGGCCUGCGAAGGUUGACGUGCCUUCCCCAAAGGAUUUUCUAAAGAAACACUCAAAGGAAAAAACCCUACCGCCUAAAAAAAAGUUUAGUAGAUGUGUUCCCAAGAAACCUCCAGUGCCCUUGAGGACCGAUCAUCCAGUCAUGGGAAUACAGAGUGGAAAAAACUUCAUAAACACAAAUGCAGCUGAUGUCAUCAUGGGCGUGGCCAAAAAGCCCAAGCCAAUUUACGUUGACAAAAGAACUGGAGACAAGCAUGAUCUUGAGACAUCCGGACUAUUCCCCAAAUACAUCAACAAAAAGGAUUAUGGUGUCACGCCUGAGUACAUCUGCAAGCGGAAUGAGGAUGUCAAGAAAGCCCAAGAAGAGUAUGAUAACUACAUCAAGGAGAACCUUAAGAAAGCAGCUAUGAAGAGACUUUCUGACGAAGAAAGGGAGGCGGUUCUGCAGCUGUUGGCUUUGAUCCAAACUCUGCUGUACGUUCUCGGAGUUAAAAGCAAGCUAUCUUUCAGAAAGAAAGCCACAGGAAAAGAUGUGCUUCUGGGACAGCAAGUAAUGUGAAAAUAUUCCCCGACUCGCUUGGAAACCCUUUGAUAUCUGAAAGUGUAUAAAUGUGUACAUUUUCUCUCAGAGAUAGACACCCUGUGGUGCACUGUGGAAACAUGUUCGGGUUGCGUAAUGAAGGACCAGAGGGAAGCAGAGUUCCUCUGAGAACGGAUCUUCAGGAUGCAUCUCAUGUGCUAUUAAAAGCGGCACUGACCCAUCUCCCUCUUGAGAGAGUUAAACCUGGGCAACAAUGGCCUCUACCUUUCACCAUCCCCAGAUCUCUGGUUUAAUCUGACUCAA